GCACGACGAGGCCGUUCACGUGACAGACUUCCUCGAGGUUUGGGCGAGAUCAGGUAUCUCCGUCAGUGCCGUGGACGUCGGACCUGGGACAUCGACCAGUGGUCUUGUUAGGUUCGCGAGAGGAGAGUGCUCUGAAAGGAGGAUGGGAGGUUAGGGUGGCCUGCCAGCUACCCCUCUUGAUCAAGAGGUGGGCAUGUCAGACGACUCGGAGGACGACCAUCUGCGUGCUCCUUUGAAACUGGGCUUGCAGGGAUCUCGACGCCAAGGUUUGCUUGGGGAGUCGACGCCUCGUGGAGGCGGUGAUGGCGAACGGUUGCAACAGGGCUCAGAAUCGACGACUCCUCGUUGUCUAGUCGAAAGGAUCGGUGCAUUCGUUCAUGGCAUGCAGGUGGCCGAGGUUUCGCCUGGCGAUCGUGCAGGUGCUUCGCAGGUUCGAGAGGUCCGUGGGUCACAUGAGACGACUUGUUGGGCCCGACUUGCGCCUGCGCAACUGCAGAUGGAGUUGAGCCAGGAACAAGAAGCAAGUGAGAACGUCGCCGGUGAGGAGGAGGUGUCCGAGCAGGGGCAGUUCUGUGAGAGAUCGCCUGAAAAGACUCAGUCGGGAGGCAAGCGCAACUUGCCAGAUGAGGAAGAGCGAGAGGGAGUAGGUGCUCUGAAAAGGCAGAGAAAGGAAGGAGGGAGUGCUCAGACGCCCACAACACGAGAGGGCGGUUCCGUUGAGAAGACGAAAAAGGUUGGAGGGGUGCAGAGGGACGUCGUGUUGCACAUCCAUCCCGAAAGAAUAUUGGCUAUUACAGACUGGGAAGACGCGUACAACCACCGAUCCUUGGACGAGUUCCUCGUUGACACCAUCGCGUCGGCUAUGAUCGACUGCUAUGAACGUAAAGACAUGAGAUACACGAAGCCCAUUUUCGUUCUCGCUCCGAUCGUCGCGCCUCCAGAGAGGGGCGAGCCUGCUGUGCGCGUGCUGCCUGGUGACUUCGACAGCUCACAGCCCGAGAAAUACUGGUAUUAUCCUGUGUGUGGACAUCAUAACGCGAGGGCGGCGAUGAAGGUGAAAGACCAUCCCGUGUUUGAGUACUACAACUUCUGUAAAUGGUCAUUCAUACCGAUCUACUUCCCUCACGACGAGUUCGACGACUACGCCCAUGUGGACGACCCGUCGUUGAAGAAGGGCAAGGGGAAGCCAAGGAAAGGCGCGGAGGAGAAAACUUACUACGUCCAAGUUCCUGAGUCGGAUGUCCACUGCUGGAAGGAAUUGGUGGACUUGACGGACCGCGAGAAGAAAAGGUUGUUGAACGGCGUCUUGAACCUUAACGUCGUGUGGGUUCAAACGAGUAGCAAGAAAUUGGCCGAGCAGGGGAAGUUCAGUGUGAAGAAGAUGGUCGAUAUAAUAAAAAUGGACCGGGUUAUGCUGAGGCUGUGGCACUACGUCGAGUUCGAGUACGAGGAAAUGGAUAAGCGGGAGUGGAAUGCCAACUCCACGUUCUUCAGGUCAAAGCGGCAACUGUUGGAAGAGUUCAAGGACAAAGGUCUCGAUGACAAGCUUUGGAACGAGAGCAGGAAAUUUUUCACCGACACCUCGUACAUCAACAAGUGCCCUCAGUUUCUCGGGUGUCAACACGACAACAACAUCAAGAGAACGGCGGCCCUCGUUAACGACCAUCAUUUCCCGGCGGAGUGGAAGCGGACAGGCGCCUUGACGACGCUGGCCCAGUUUAACGUCGACCCAUUGAGUGUCAUUGAUCAUAAGGAGGCGCUGGGAAAACUAGGGCAUCAGCUACGCUCCGACACUUGCGUGCUCGACUUGUGCGGAACUGUGGACCGUGCGCAAUGGGAUUCUGGGGCAUUCGCGUCUCUGAGCGAGGAUCCUCGGCUACUCACUCACCCGGUGUACGAGGGAGUUGUUGCCGAAGACGAUGCCGCCGCUCUCCGGAGGAAACAGAAAGUGACACCCACGGAUGUGGAGGAGAAGUCUUUCAAGUCCUUGACUUUCGCGGACAUCGGGAACCUCAGCCAGAGGGGGGCUCUGUACAAGGACGGCGAGCGGAAUCCGAAUCAGUUAUGCAAUCAGCUUCUUUUCUUCUGUGGUGUGGCGGAUGCCGUGCUGUUCUUGGGCAAGCCGCACACGCAAGUGGUGUGGAGUCAACUUCAUCAGGGAAGACACGUCUUGGCCGUGGAUGGGGACACAACGCAGCUUGAAUACACCGUGCAGUAUGUCACCCAUGAAGUGUCGUCCAAGGCCUAUGCAUGCGAUUUCCACCAUGUCGUGGUCGAGCCCGUUUAUGACCCGAACAAGGACAUGUUUUUCAAGUUGACUCCGAAGAAAAGGCGCCAGAAGGAAGUCGCCAAUGCAGUCCUCCAGGGCUACCACAGAGCGAGCCGGGCCGGCGCAGUGAGCUUCAUUAAGAGGCUGGAAUAUGUAUUUUUUAACGAGGGUGUGGUCGAUUCGGACGACUUCACUUUGGAUAACUACGGGCUGGCCUUCGGUGAGGACGACGACUUCAAUAUCGAGACUGAGCAGGAGGAGAGCGUUGAGGACGACCUCUUCGAUUUGGACGGGCAAUUGGCCAUCUUCAACGGCCAAGUUUCUGAGUCGCCGUUAGUAUGCAAACCGGGGACACCUCUCGCUACACCCACCUCGGGCGGUCCCACGCCCGUGUCCUCCUCAGCGCCUGUCAAGAGGGGUGGGUUGUCCCGUCUAAGGAGUUCGCCGGGGGAGCCUAUUCGUCUCACACCGCAGCCCGAACGUCUUCAACCCAGCCAUCCAGUUCCUCCGGACCAUCCGCAUCUCGCGGCUCCUGCAAUUCCCUACCACAUGGGUGACAAACACACCUUCUCCACAGGCGAAGAUUGGGGCCAUGAUAUCGUGUGGCACCCGGACCAUUUCCAGCCAGUCCUUCUCGACGGUGAAUGGGCAGUGGCUGUGAGGGACGUAAGUGGAGGGUGGAUAUAUGAUGAUCGUUGGGACCUCCACACAUUCAAAUCUCGCGCCUACGAUGCGGUAUUGGAGAGAUUAAGUGAGGUCAAUCGACGAAGUAAGAACGACCCUGCUCUGCGCGCAUACGGGGAAACGUUGUUCGAUUUAUUGCAGUCAAAUAAAUGGCUGGAAGUAUCCUCCGCGUUCUACGACCUUCCGUCAAGCCCGUCAAUUAAGCAAGUGAGUUGGGGGUUGCCUGCGGUCACCCCGCCGGCAGGAGUUGUGAAGCGCAAGUCUCGCGGAAAGGACGACGAAGGGGAUGGUGAAGGCGGCGGACAACGAGGUACCGGAGGUGGAAGUGAACAGCGUUGGACGAAACAACGGUCUCCGGGGCACGCGGGCGGCGGAGAGGGGAGAAAGGGCAGCCGGGAGAAGAAAAAGCCUCGCAGCGGAGAGAAGACAAAGCAUCACACAGGAGACGGGCAGGGGUCCGACGUCAACCGCGACGAGGACGGUGGGGUUCUGGCGGUAACAGGCAGCACCUCAAUGGAGACGGGGAACGACUUCAGGCCUGGGUGGAUUACGUGGCCUGGCAAGCAGGACCCUGUGAUUAGCUCCACCAGCACAACACAGUUUACCGAUGUUGUUGGCGGGGCAGUUGUAGCAAAGAAUGGAACUUGCUUCGCUCAGCUCCAAAAACAGUUGGCGGAUUGUCUCUGAUCAAUCCGAACCUCGGAGACGACAUCGUCAUCCGGAACU